AUGGGACAUAAGGAGCAUGGAGGGACUUGGCACAUGGAAGCAGCUCAACUGGAUACGCAAAGGAAGAAGGGAGAAGCCAUCUUGAAGACCAGCUCGACCGUCCACUCGACCAACCGGUCGAGUUCCUCAACUCGACCGGCCAAGCUUCAACUCGAUCGAGCUGGAAGUCAAAGUCAAACCCGAAAAAUGUCUAUUUGGAGCACUAUGGAGCACUUGGGACGUGAGGAGCAAGGAAGGACAUUGUGCUUGGAGCUCAGCUUGACCGCGCAUGCUCGGAGUGAAGAAGAAGCCGCCUUGAAGCCAGCUCGACCAACCCGCGCGACCAACUGGUCGAGCUAG